AUGGACAUGUUCUUGACCCAUCGGAAACCUCACAUGAAGAUGCGAUGGGUCCACUGUGCACGUGUGGAGCGGCCGACAAUUCUGCGUCUUGCAGUGAAGUAUCAGCUGCACCCGCUGCCGGUGGAAGAUACCAUCCAACUCGAACAGCAGUCUGUUCCCAUCGUACGGAAAUACAAUGACAACUUCUUCAUUGUCAUCCCGCUCUUGCGGCUCACCGAAGAAGCAAAGAGGAAGCUGAGCAUCUACAAGGAAUACCGCACCAGGCGAGCCUCGGACGACCUGAAGCUGGAAGACCUCAUCGACAUUCCGCAGGUGGAGCAGUGUCGCUUCGCAGCCUUCACCGCUGGGCCGCCACACUAUGACACGGUCAUUAGCUUCAUGACCGAGUGGAAAGUCAGCAAGCUGCAUGCGGACAAUUACGACAACGAAGGCCGAUGCGAAAGUGAGCGGAGUGAUGCACGUGUGGGGUGGGCUGUCUCCCAAACGGGAAGACCCUUGAUGGAAACACCACUUCCCAUGCCGGUGCCCACGCCUGGCGGUGGUGUGGUGAGCUCUAUUCAGCUGAGAUUACCCUCGGCAAGGCAAGACUCGGGGGAAGAGCAAGACUUCUUUGCAGGGGUCGUGCGACAAAUCCAGCGAGACUACUCCAUGCUGCGCUCGGGGAAUUCCUCCUGGGUCUUAUGGCGUUUGUUGGAUGUGACGGUGGAUGAGCUUUCGCCCAUCCUCUCGGCGUACCGAGCACAACUGCGGUGGUUCUCAAGCCUCAUCACCCGGGAAGAGGCUCGGGUCUCCAAGGACGUGGAGAAACGCCUCCUGCGGAGCAAGGUGGAGCUGGAUUGGCUCCAGCGGAAGGUUCGCCCAAUGAUCAAGGUGCUGAAGCACAUCAUCAGAGACAAGGCCUUUGACCCCAAUGUCACGCGCUACUUGGAAGACAUCGAAGAUCACCUCAACACCUUCCUUGAAGAGGUGAGUCGCAUCAUGGGAGUUUGCCACUCCCUGAGGGAUGAGGUGAACUCCUACCGCGAUCGACAGCAGCAGAAGGUCUUGUAUGUCCUCACACUGGUCACCACGCUUGUGAUGCCGACUCACCUCCUCACGGGAAUCUUCGGCAUGAAUUGGCAAGAUGAGGACAUGCUCAAACGGAACGGCGGCGGUGGCGCCUUCGUUCGUUGGCUCCCGCUUUUAGGAGCAAGGAGGGCCGUUCCACUGCGCAAGCAAGGUGCUCGGGGCCAGAAUGCAUGUAGCGCCAUGGAUUUCUCUUUGGCCAGCCGCGUGGUGGCAGAUUUACGACCGCCGCUGCAUCCGGUGAAGGUGUUGCCCACGCAGAUGGUGGAGGCCGAACGAUUGAGCCGUACACGGGCAGCGGUGUGGCUCUAUGGGAGUGCUACCUUAUUGACGUUGCUGGGCUUGGAGUUGAGGAAACCUGGGCCGCGCAAGGACGACGCCCGAGCAGCCUUGUUGGAGGCCAACGAAGAGAACGGGCUUCCGACCGAAGACGAGGUGGCAGAUGAAAAGGAGCUAGAAGCAGAACUUACACAUCGCUUGACUGUUGGCUUUGUGGUUUACCACAUGACAUACACAUACUUGGGCUUGAUGCUGGUGUUCUGGGCCUGCCGCAGGGGGUACCUCAAUGUCUAUGGUUUGGACUGGGAGCUUUACUCCUUUUGGUUCUUGGAAAGCAUUGUAACACAUGUGCUUUGUCGAGCCUCCUCGAAGCAAUUUCUUCGCUCCAUCUGUCCAAUCUUCUCUGAGCGCUACGACCUGGUGAAAGAUACCGUGUCCAUCGGCAUCUACGCCAACCUGGACGAUUGGGUGGGCCAUGUGUGUGCCGCGGUGGUGGUUCUCACCAUGAUUGUGCCCAACAUCAACAAUUACAUGGACCCAGUGGCUGAGCGGCUCUCACGGAUUUCCUAUUGGCCGCCACCGAUUCCACCGACGAAUGGAACCCCCGAGACCGGAAGCCGAGUUCACCGGAUGAAGGUGUUUUUAGCCAAGCAGGUGGAGGAGGCAACGCGCGAACACCGCCGCAUGUUGUGCCUCUUAGAGGAUUUGCCACAACUUGCAGUUGCCUUGUUCUUUACCGGCUACUCUUGCUACAUGGAAGGAGCCUCAAUCUCACCCUUCAUUCUUGUGAACAUUGUGGUGGCUUUGGGCAAGACGAUUUGUGUCUUUGCAGGAAGGCCUAUUUGUUUGACCUGGAUGGCCAUGAACAAAGUGCCAUGGCCGCUCCAAUGCAUUUCUGACACCAACGUGAAUGAUGUGGUUUGGAUCACCAGCCGUGUAGGCGACGGUGGAGAUGAGUGGAAGCUCUCUUUGCUGAAGGAGAUCAUGAGUUCAGAGGAGGCUGCACGAGCCGUUCGACAAGCGGCGGAACACCACCUCUGGGACAUGCUUCAAGCGACUUUGGCACCGGAGAGUGGCUUCCCGCUGUUGAAGGAUGAACAUGGAAUAGGUGUGGACCUUGUCCGGCACUCGGAAGGACAGGUCAUCUUCGAGGCAGUGAUUGGCUACUGUGCUAGCAGUGUGGUGACUUUCCAACAGGCGCAGCAGGUCAUCAAAAAGUGGGAGAUCUUCUCCACGGCACUCGGGUCGGGAGGUCUCCUUGGCAUCCGAGCCUAUGCGGCUGCUGAAGGCAAUGCCGAGAUCAGUGCAGAUAUGAUCAUGGGGGGUGCGCCAGAAAUCCGCCCCCUGGCCGGAAGCUACUUCAAGCGAUUGAGCACGGGAAGCUUGAAGGAGCAAGAACAAGCCAUCAAAUUUCUGGCUUGGUCCAACAGCUUCGAGGCUGCGUGGGCCAUUUUGUCUUCCCGGACGCCCGAGAUCUUCCAACAUCGGGAUCGGGUCUUGCGCUUGGCAGCUUGCAGAUCCAUGGCACUCGUCGAGUGGGAGGAGUUUGGGGAACAUGCUGAGGCCCUUGCGCAGGCCGCCUUCGAGGAUGAGGAUGAAUAUGUCUGCCGCUCUGCCUGGACCUCUUUGGCCUUGAAGGGCUCACUUGGGGUCCAGCACGUGCGGGCGGCGUUGAGUCGCGGCAAAUACUUCGAUCGCGACGAUGCAUUUUUCUACAAAGCUUGCUAUGCGCUCGAAUGGCUUGGCGCAGAUGCAGAGGCCCUGUACCAAGAAAAAUUGUUGGCCGCGAUUCAGGAGGAACCACCUGACAAGGAGCCGCGCAAGGCGGGCCCAGCACCCUACGCCAUCCUCAGUGAUAAAGAACGUUAUGCUAUCAAGACGCUGCUGGCUUGCGGCCACGUCAACGAAUGUGUACAAGAACUUUUUAAACACAAACCCCGCGGAUCUGUGCUUGACACCGUACAGCAGAUGUUUAAUGUGUACAACGGCAUGGAGGAGUACAACCACUGGGCGGACCUAGAUGCUGACGUUGCCAGGCCUUUGGUGGAGAUUUGUUUCGACGACUCACUGAGUGUGGCGCCGCGCAAGAAUAUGUUGAGGAGUGUGGCCGAGGCCAAUGAAGGAUGUGGCCACAUGGUCUUGAGCAUUUUCAUGGAGAAGAAGGUCCUGCCACUGAACCCCAAAGAUGAGCGGACACUCCUGUUUGUGGAGUUUGCAUGCUCUGCCAAGAAGGUGCCCUUUCCUCCCGAGCAUGUCGGCGCGCUCUUGCAGCUCGCGCUGUCGGAUCGUCGUCCAGAUGACUUCGAGCGUUACGGCGCUGUCUCAACGCCGGGCUUUGCCCCGCCACCGCCCCCCUUGGGCAAACCAGGUGAUUUUCCCUGGAUGACCUUGCACAGUGCUGUUGGUGUUCACGUUUCUGAGCUUGGAGCCCAUGUAGAUACUUUGAUCUCCACGAUCGAGGACAAGACCUUGCCUCUUCGCUUGCGCCUGAUGGCUACUCACUGGCUAGCAGAGGUGAAAAGGACUUGCCCAGCCAGAGUCACUCUUCCUGUGAAGUUCCUGGUGGAGCUUUUUGGGCACGAGGCCAUCGGGGUCCGCUCUCAAGCCAUCAAUGCCUUCAAAAACUGCGGAACCAUCCCAGAGUCCUUGUCGUAUCUCCCUCAAUUGGCCAAAUGCUUGGAGGACACCGAAUUCACGGUUCGCAACGCUGCUUGCAACGCCUUCUCAGGUUUCGAUGCCAUUCCCUGCCUUCGGCCAUACAUCUCUACCAUUGUGGCCAUGAACAUGGCAGCGGAUCAGACGGCGCCUUUUGGCGGCGCAUUGGUAUGCCAACAACUGGAUGUCUUCAGGAACGACUUGGUUGGUCAGGAAGAGGAAAGGCAAGUCCUGGCCAUGGUUCGGUGUUUGAGUCGAUUUGAGAGUGGGGAGGAUUCGAACAAAGCGGCGCUUUGGGCCAAACUACUUCGGCCAGAUCAGCUGGAGACAGACAUUGUCAAAGGCAUGGCCUGGCUAACACUGCGAAAAACAGAAGAAAAGCAAAAGCCAGGACGAGGCAAUAUAUACGCAAGCGACCAGAGCAGUAUUGAAACGGCAAAGUUUAUUGCUGCGCUUGGAAAGAAGGGGAGAGUCGCAAUGGAGGAUUUGCUCCGAGAAAGACCGAAGGACAUAGACUUCAACAAGCUUUUAACUUUCACCAUUGACUCAAUCAAGAAGCUGGAACCCAAUGACCCACGACUUCCAGCUUUACUACACUACGUUCAGGGCAGAAAUGGUGCUUCUUCAACCCAACAGGCUUGCUGGGAUUUGCUGCAACGGAGCGGCAGCACAGGUGAUCAUCCUGCGCUCAAGCAGGUCUUGCCAUUGGUCGGUCUUGCCAUCUCUCAGGACAGAGCAGACAAAGCGCUGCACCGACAACUUUUCCACCGCAGACUCUUUUUGUAUCCGCAGCCGCGAUACCGUUGA